UAUGUCUUUUCUUUUAAGUGAUGUGGAAUCAAACCUCAGUCACUGAAUUUUUCCUCCUGGGAGUGACAGACAUACAAGAACCACAGCCUCUUCUUUUUGCUGUUUUUAUCACCAUCUAUCUUGUCAGCAUAACUGGGAAUGGAGCCAUCCUGAUGAUCGUCAUCUCAGAUCCGAGACUCCACUCACCUAUGUACUUCUUCCUGGGAAACCUGGCGUGUCUAGAUAUCUGCUACUCCACUGUGACUGUGCCAAAGAUGCUGGAGAACUUCCUUUCUACAAGCAAUGCAAUUUCCUUCUUGGGAUGCAUAACUCAGCUUCAUUUCUUCCACUUCCUGGGUACCACGGAGUCCCUGCUGCUGGCAGUGAUGGCAUUUGAUCGCUUUGUGGCUAUCUGCAAACCACUUCACUACUCCGUCAUCAUGAAUCCUCAGGUCUGUAUCCUGAUGGCUGUCACCAUCUGGACCAUUGCUUUUUUCCAUGCCCUCCUUCACUCUGUAAUGACAUCUCAUUUGAACUUCUGUGGGCCCAGCUAUGUUCAUCACUUCUUCUGUGAUGUGAAGCCAUUGCUGGAGCUGGCCUGUGGGAACACUGAGCUCAACUUAUGGUUGCUCAAUACUGUCACAGGGACCAUUGCCUCAGUCCCCUUCUUUCUGACAUUUCUGUCCUAUUUCUACAUCAUCACCUACUUGUUCCUCAAGACCCGUUCUUGUAGCAUGCUCCACAAAGCACUGUCCACCUGUGCCUCCCACUUCAUGGUCGUCAUUCUUUUCUAUGCUCCUGUUCUCUUCACCUACAUCCGUCCUACAUCAGGGAGCUCACUGAACCAGGACCGGAUCAUCACCAUCAUGUACAGUGCGGUCACUCCUGCUCUCAACCCACUCAUCUACACCCUGAGGAACAAGGAUGUGAGGGGUGCCUUAAGUAGGAAGGUCAGAAGACUCUGA